AUGAAGCCAGCCAUGGAAACUGCAGCGGAGGAAAAUGCAGAACAAAGCCAAGAGAAAAAAGUGAUCACCAGACCAGAAAUGGAAAUUGGCAGGUACCACUGGAUGUACAGGAGUUCAAGGCCACACCGGUACCAUCAUGUGCCAGCAUUGAGAGGCAAUAUUAGUCCUUUGGGGAUUCAAGGUUGCUUUGAAUGUUGCAUUAAGUGCCUAGGAGGAGUGCCAUAUGCUUCGCUUGUGGCAACCAUUCUCUGCUUCUCGGGGGUAGCGUUGUUUUGUGGCUGUGGCCAUGUGGCGCUUACGGGAACCGUGUCUAUCCUCGAGCAGCACUUCUCCACGACUGCCAGCGACCAUGCUUUGCUGAGUGAAGUAAUACAGCUAAUGCAGUAUGUAAUUUAUGGCAUUGCAUCAUUUUUCUUCUUAUAUGGAAUAAUCCUUUUGGCAGAAGGUUUUUAUACAACAAGUGCUGUGAAGGAGCUGCAUGGAGAGUUCAAAACGACAGCCUGUGGCCGCUGCAUUAGUGGAAUGUUUGUUUUCCUCACCUAUGUGCUUGGAGUGGCCUGGCUCGGGGUCUUUGGCUUCUCUGCUGUGCCUGUCUUUAUGUUCUAUAACAUAUGGUCAACUUGCGAAGUCAUCAAAUCUCUUCAGACGAAUGUGACGGUUCCAGGGGACCAGAUCUGCGUGGAUAUCAGGCAAUACGGUAUUAUCCCUUGGAAUGCUGUACCUGGCAAAGCCUGUGGCCCGAUUUUAGAGAACAUCUGCAACACGAAUGAGUUCUACAUGUCUUAUCACCUGUUCAUUGUGGCUUGUGCUGGAGCUGGUGCCACUGUCAUAGCAUUGCUGAUCUACAUGAUGGCUACUACAUAUAACUAUGCUGUUUUGAAGUUUAAGAGUCGGGAAGAUUGCUGCACUAAAUUCUAAAUUGUAUAAGCCCAGUAAAGAGCUGCAUUGCGUAGCUUGAAAUACCACUGACACCCUAGGCUAAAAGUCUAGCUUUCUGAAUUUUGUUACAGUAAUUGUAAAUAGCUGCAGUAAGCAUCAUUUAGCUUAUCAGAUUAAUAAAAUGGCUUCUUGUAUAUGAACUAUGAUGUGGAUGAGAUCUGGCUAUUUUUUGAUGUUGAGAGGAUUCAGUUACUGUAGGGGUGUUUAUAAAUCAACCUUCUGAAGAUGGGAUAUUUCAUUUCAAGUCUGCACUUGCUUUCUAACAGUCAUCUCUGCAACAAAUACUGGAACAGUUCAGGGUCAGAAUUAUUAACUUAUUCUUCAUCCUGAACACCAAAUACAACCCCCCCGAGCAUACAAAAUACAUAGGAUACAAAAGAAAAGGAAUAGUAAAGUGGUGUCAUCUCUUCUUGGCAGAAAUCAGAAGCCCAGGUAUUAUGAAUUAGUUGGCUUGUAUUUCCAGUGCAUGGAUGAUAAAGUUGAUUGAUUAUUUUCUUUUACUUCAUUUUCAAGUAAUUGCCAAAUCAUGCUCUCUCUGGAAGGAAAUACAUCCUUGUAUUAGCUCUGCGUAGAACAAUCACAUUCUUUCUUUUGGACCCUGAGCUAGUAAGAAACGGCGUAGAAAUAGCUUCUGUUCUUGUAUGGCUUGCACUUUAGUAACUGAUUUCUCAGUAGCCAGAUCUCAAAAAUGUAAGUAUGACUGCACGGGAAGCAAAACCAUGCAUAGAUCAUAGAGACCUUUUUACACUGUUUGGAUUAAAAAAAAAAACAGGAGACGCGAAUCAGUGUUUUCGGAUGUAGAUUUUCUGCAUGAAGUGUGGUGAAAAGAAGUUGGGAAGAGAUGAAUGCACAAACUAGAAAAAAUCCACACAACAAUAAUAAAAAAGAACCAGUUGUUAUAUAUGAUAUAAAACUCUUCACCUCUGGUUGGACAAUGGAAGUUUAAAACUUAGUUAUAAAAAUAUACAAUUACGACUUCUUAACCCAGAGAUUGCAUGCUUUUGCUUAGUAUUGGACUCAUGUUUUGUUGUUUAAUUUUUCAAUAUGUUAAUGUAGCCUUGUUCACGUAAAUAAAACUGUUUACAAUUUCAGGCUUUUUCCAGGGGGAGGGUGGAAUUCUCAUCUGCUUGUUGGGGAAAAGACUUACCAGGAUCUGGGCUUGGCUAUGCAUGAACACCACAACCUUAGAAAGCAGUUCUUCUGAGCACCGCAUAGCUUACAGAUUACAUAAAUUGCCACAUACAAAACUUUUUUCCUGCUUCCCACCAUUCUGCACUUUAAUUGAUCCGUACAACUCUGUAGCUCAUAUUAUUACUGUUAUACUAACUUUCUCUAAAUUGUGAAUAACCAACUGAAGUAUUAGCAUGCCAAAUUCUAGAGAUCUUUGAAAAUAGCCUCUGUGCUUGUUUUAAUAACUGAAUGCUUAUUAACGUAGAAUAACUUUUUUUUGGUCGUUAUUUUAAAGAGCGUCUAUUAAUCUGACUAGCAGCUUGCUUUGCCUCUUGACAUGCUCACUAGCCAUCAUGCUCACCCUUCUCUUCCAGAUCCACUUCCUCAUGAUACUGUCUUCUAACUGGGCCUAC